AACGUAAGCAUGGCGAUUAUAUUAUACUAUCUAAACGACGUUAGUACUAGCUUCCAAAGCUUCGUUUACUCUGCUUACACAAUAUCCAUUUUGUGUUUGCUCCUUACUCUUUUGAUAUAUGCUGUUAACAUGAAGCAGUUAAACAUGGUACUACAAAAAGUGAAGCAUCCGUUAAAAAAGGAAAGAGCCGUCUUUAUAUGCAACGUGACUGCCCACCUGAUACAAUGGCAAGUUUCAGCAGCCGUUUUCAUAUUACGAGGCCAUGAUUGGAAAUUAAACAAUACCUCUUCAUUUGUGUUGUCAAUAUUCAUAAUGUAUGGUACGGUAGCUUUUUACUGCUGGAGUUUGUCGCUUAAAAUUACGACAAUUUAUUUGGUGAAGUAUCACCGAAAAAUGUCCAGAACUUGGAAAUUUAAAUCGACAUACUUCUGGGCUUUUUGUUACGUUAUCCCCAUAAUAUUCGCUCUCAUAGCUUUCCUUGCCGGUUAUUAUAGAGAGGAGAGAAGGUUAACUUCAUUUACAGUAUAUAACCGCUACGCAAAAUGGAUGCUCGUUUCAUUUGAAGUCAUUACCACAACUAUCAUGAUUGUUAUUCUGGUGUACACUUUCAAAGCUCGUAUCACAACAUUGCAAAGAUUGAAGUGCACAAAGUCAGAAAUUCUUCGAAAGUUGCUAGAUGCUCAGAGUUUACGAAACGGGAUCGUGUUUCGAUUGGUUAUUUCUGUGAUGGUCAUAUUGGAAUUAAUUGUUGUCGUGCGGGGUGAAAAAGUGUCCGCCAUUUUAAGUGGCGUGUUCGUUGUGUUACACUCGUUUCUGGGCGUCUAUUUUCUUACCUUCGAGACAAUAUUCAAUGACAAGGACCUUCGGAAACCCUUCAGAUUCCAACGUCAGAGGAACGCAUUAAAAAGCACACACCUUCGAAUAAAUUCUUGGAGACGAUUCCGUCAACGUAAUAACCAAGGAAGCAGUAAACAACCCGUUGAAACAAACGAUACUGAUCUGUAAACGCAAGUACCAAUGAAGGGUAGUUCAGAAGCGCCGUCCCUUUGAUACAGACAGUUGAGAUUGUGGCGUGGUUUUUAAGAGAUCACGCGUUACUGAAAGAUUUGUAUAGACAUUUAUUUCAAAAUUUUUUUAAAUUUUCUUUGACACGCGGCCGUACCUUUUUUUAAAGUAAUUCUAAUCCUUUUGCAGCUUGUGAGGUUUGUGACGUACUCUUACAAGCCAAUCUGUGAUAGUUUAAACGUUUUACACUUUCCAUUGACUAGAACUUUCUGCAUAAUAAUCAAACAUUGCCAUUCUGGUCAUACUAUUUGUACAAAAGGUCGUUUUCUUGCUAUUUAUUGAAAUGAUCCAAUAUCAUCACUUGGCCAGUACUCCACUGCUGAUCUACUGCACUUUCCACAAUACCCGCAUUAUAAAAAAAUCACCUUCGUCACCCGGAAAGAUUUGGAAAAUGGAGAAGUGGAGGGCAGUUGACGUAAGUGAAAAUAUUAUUAAAGGUUUGGUUCCAACAGCAUAAGACCUAUGUCCGUUGUAAAUACGGACAGACGAACUUAGACAAGGUCAGAGUGCGUGUUACGUACAUAGAAACAGCUCUCUCAAUUGCUUGUGUUUACAAAAUUUGAAAUUCCAUUCUCCUUCGCAGUAAUUGAUGUCUGCCUUUGUAGUGGACACACCUUUUCUUCUUGUUCAUGAACAUAUAAAACCACAACAAAUAAAAAUAAAUGCAAUCAAGAAGAAAGUGACGAUGAAUGUGAGAACGUGACUGAAAAAAUAGAAGAGUUUGAGAAGCUCGGUGGGUACUGUAAAAUGCCGUAAUCGAGCGCAGCGCUUAUCAGCGGUGGUAAUAAGACUUUGGUGCGUUUAUCUGAGGGUGCACUUAUCCAUGGGUGCGCUUUUAAUCGAGUAUAGAAAGGUGCAAGGGAAAGAAUAACUGAAUAAUUUUUUUAAUGAUUUGUAUUGGCCAAAGUUUAGAUAAGUUAUAAAGUAAAAUUACUCUACAUGUGUACUAAUUGUCUCUCCUCCUUAAUCUUUCGUCAGUUUUCGAUAUUUUCUUUCUGUAACCACGCUUAUCUAAGGGGCGCUUAUAAACGAGAAUAAAAUUUUGAUAAAAAUUUGGUGCGCUUAACUACGGGUGCGCUUAUAGCUUUGAUUACAACAUAUUACGGUGUACAGUCUGAACAUUAUUAACCGCAUUAAUUACAGCGUUUCCAACACUGAUGUGACUGUCCUAUAUAAACAUUCUAACAUAAUAAAACUUAGUUAGCAUAUUCGGAGUUGUCUCGAGUGUGACGCAUCCAGAUGUAUCUGCCAUUUAUCUUUUAAGGAGAGAAAUUAUUUGCAAGAUAUAGUUUUGAGAUUAUUGAAAAAUUUAGUCAAAUCUUUAAACAUAUAUCUAACUUCGCUUGACUUGCGUCUGUUUUAGUAUUGUUAGGAGAAUAAUAAGACAAGUUGCUGUGGAUGAUGCACGCACAGUAAACAGUACAUGAACAUGGAAAGAGGUGUUCUUAUAGAUUUUGUUGUUGCGUGUUGUUUAAGUCUACGCAGGCCUAAUUCGCAACAUUAAAUUCAAUAGGAUUUUUUUUUUUUUUUCUGUAAUAUUAAAUAUACGAGACAUACUGAUAUUAAGUUCCCUUCAUUCUUGUCAAUAAUGGGCUGUUACGGAGUUUUAAAGAUAAUGUACAGAAUAAAAUGCACUGAUGAGAACACAGCUUCUUAACUACUUGUAGUGUGGGUCAAAGAAUAUCAUGCAGUCAAUUAAAUUUUAAGCACAUAUAAUGAUCUUGAAAACAAACCAUUUGCGUAUUCAAGCUCGCGUAUCCAGGAAUAAAAAUCGGGGUGAUCUGGAAAAUUCUUCUUGUACGUCCGCGAAAAAUUCUUAUUUUGGAGGUGGAGCUUGAGCCGGAGUUUAAAAGUUGAUCUCCACCGAAGAACUAGAAGCCGUGCCCUCCGUAACCUCUUUCUCCACCACCUUGAAAGAACUAUCAGCGGUUUAUAGUUGCUUUUGCUUCCUUGCUCAGCAAAUCAAAAUAUUUCGAACCAAAUAGUUCAAAACCUAUAGUGUUCGUUAACCACUGUUUAUUUUUGUUUGUUCCACUUUUGGUGGACUAAUAAACUUAUAGACUAACGAACUUAUAUAACUAAAAAUAAACUUAUAAAACUUAAUAAACUUAUAAGACUAACGAACUUAUAAAACUAACAGACUGGUUUAAGGCAAAUAAAUUAUCUCUAAAUGGUAAAAAGACCAAAUAUACAUUAUUCCACCGAGCGCAUAAAAGAAAGAGACUACCAACAAUAUUACCGGAAUUAAAAAUCUGAGAUUUCACAAUCUCACGUGAAACAGAAACGAAGUUCUUUGGAGUUAUACUAGAUGAGAAUCUUACCUGGCGGAAACACAUUGAAACUGUAAGUGUAAAACUUUCAAAAUCUAUUGGUGUUCUUUAUAAAGCUCGACACCUCCUAAAUAAACAUUGUCUAAUAAAUUUAUAUUUUUCAUUCGUACAUAGUCAUAUAAAUUAGGCAAAUAUAGUUUGGGGCAGCACUAAUAAAUCUAAACUUGAAUCGAUAUAUAAACGUCAAAAACACGCUGUGAGAACUAUUCUUUUCCAACACAAAUUUACGCAUAGCAAACCACUACUGCAGUCUAUCAAAAGCUUUAAAUAUUUUCCAGAUAAAUAUUUUUCAGAAGGUAUGCUUUAUGUAUAAAAUGAAAAACAAAUCUAUACCUCCCAUAAUUUCUAACAUGUUUCAAGUAAGAGAAAGUAAAUAUUCAACCAGGUCAUCUGGUCAGUACUAUGAACCAUACAGAAAAACUAAGGCCAGUCAGAGUCAGUUCGUCGUGGUCCAUAUAUCUGGAAUAGCAUACACAAAAUUGAUAGAUUUGUACUUGACAAUGAGCGAUCCUUUAAAUGUUUUCAAACCAAAGUGAAAACAUUUAUAUUACACAGAUUGAAUAAUGAAGUCUUGUAUUUUCAGAUCUUUAUUUACCUUUUGCAGGCAUUUGUUAUUUAGCAUUUUUUACGUAGGUUAUUUUAAUUCUCUUUUUUAUGCAUGUUUUUAUGUAUAAGCGUCUUCAUAGCAAGAGUAUGAUAUGGUAUCUCAACAAGUAUCUCAAGACUAGUUAUAUGUCUUCUGUGAUUUUCCUGUUUUAUAAAGGUGUUUAGUUAGAUAGCAUUAUUACAAAUUUUUAAUCUUGUAACAAUUAAAUUAAUUGAAUUUAAUACUCUAACACUUUACCACUGUAUAUACCUUUGUUUACGAAAGAAAAAUAUCAAUCUGGUGUCACCAGCAGAUU